AUGGCUAAAUGGACACAACAACACUGUGUCCCGGCUGUGUACACACCCACCCAGGGUGUCCCAGCUGUGUACACACCCACCCAGGGUGUCCCGGCUGUGUACACACCCACCCAGGGUGUCCCGGCUGUGUACACACCCACCCAGGGUGUCCCGGCUGUGUACACACCCACCCAGGGUGUCCCGGCUGUGUACACACCCACCCAGGGUGUCCCAGCUGUGUACACACCCACCCAGGGUGUCCCGGCUGUGUACACACCCACCCAGGGUGUCCCGGCUGUGUACACAACCACCCAGGGUGUCCCGGCUGUGUACACAACCACCCAGGGUGUCCCGGCUGUGUACACACCCACCCAGGGUGUCCCGGCUGUGUACACACCCACCCAGGGUGUCCCGGGUGUGCACACAACCACCCAGGGUGUCCCGGGUGUGCAUACACCCACCCAGGGUGUGCACACACCCACCCAGGGUGUCCCGGGUGUGCACACACCCACCCAGGGUGUCCCGGGUGUGCACACACCCACCCAGGGUGUCCCGGCUGUGUACACAACCAUCCAGAGUGUCCCGGCUGUGUACACACCCACCCAGGGUGUCCCAGCUGUGUACACAACCAUCCAGGGUGUCCCGGCUGUGUACACACCCACCCAGGGUGUCCCGGCUGUGUACACAACCACCCAGGGUGUCCUGGCUGUGUACACAACCAUCCAGGGUGUCCCGGCUGUGUACACACCCACCCAGGGUGUCCCGGGUGUGCACACACCCACCCAGGGUGUCCCGGGUGUGCACACACCCACCCAGGGUGUCCCGGCUGUGUACACAACCAUCCAGAGUGUCCCGGCUGUGUACACACCCACCCAGGGUGUCCCAGCUGUGUACACAACCAUCCAGGGUGUCCCGGCUGUGUACACACCCACCCAGGGUGUCCCGGCUGUGUACACAACCACCCAGGGUGUCCUGGCUGUGUACACAACCAUCCAGGGUGUCCCGGCUGUGUACACACCCACCCAGGGUGUCCCGGGUGUGUACACACCCACCCAGGGUGUCCCGGGUGUGUACACACCCACCCAGGGUGUCCCGGCUGUGUACACACCCACCCAGGGUGUCCCGGCUGUGUACACAACCAUCCAGGGUGUCCCGGCUGUGUACACACCCACCCAGGGUGUCCCGGGUGUGUACACACCCACCCAGGGUGUCCCGGGUGUAUACACAACCACCCAGGGUGUCCCGGGUGUGUACACACCCACCCAGGGUGUCCCGGGUGUGCACACACCCACCCAGGGUGUCCCGGGUGUGUACACACCCACCCAGGGUGUCCCGGGUGUAUACACAACCACCCAGGGUGUCCCGGGUGUAUACACAACCACCCAGGGUGUCCCGGGUGUGUACACACGCACCCAGGGUGUCCCGGGUGUGUACACACCCACCCAGGGUGUCCCGGGUGUGUACACACCCACCCAGGGUGUCCCGGGUGUGUACACACCCACCCAGGGUGUCCCGGGUGUGUCCACAACCACCCUGAGAAUACCUAAUAUUAAUACAGGAAAAUCGCAUAGGCUAAAAAUUAAACCUUGA